CAGCAUCCGUUUAAGCAGAUAUAGGCGAAAGAAAGUGAUGCACAUUAAGUGCAUUAAGGACUACGCACGUCAGCAGCAGGUCUACAAAACAAUGCUACAUAUCAGCAGGCCAGCGUGUUACGGCUCUGUCAGCGCACUACUCUGGAAGCAGCCUGUAUGGAAGUGCUAUACCUGGGGGAAAAAGUUGUUUUACGGCAAUAGACUAGGCUAUAUAAUGUUAUGGUCUUUUUGAAAGGCGGAUAUUCUCCUUGAUAAAUGACGUCUAAACCCUCCUUAUUGUUUCUAAGAAGCAUACAAUGGGGUAUUCAUGGAACAUUUGGCAGCGGAAUUGAUGAGUUACCUAAGCAUUUUCCGCGCCUUAGUUUCCUUCCUGAAACUUUGCGAAAAUUUGUUGCACACCGCUAACAUGGGAGAGAAAAUAACGGGUCUUGAAGAAAGCAGAGGUGUAAUUUUGGCCUCCCCUCUUCCUGCUGCCACUGACCCUCAGGUGUCUCUGGCUCUUGUGAUGAAUGGCAGCGCUGUCCAGCAGGGGGCAGCGGUCCCUCCCGGCCGACCGCUGCAGAGCUGGGGCGAGUUCUGUGAGCUUCACGCCCUCGCCGUGGCGCGCCACCUGGCCGCCCGGUACCGCCACUUCGCCAGCGAGCAGCCGUGGCAGGACACGGUGCCCGCGGACAGCUUCUCCAGGCUCUUCAGCAGCCUGUUCCAGCAGUACUUCUGCAGCGAGGUGGCCAAGGAACACCCGCCCCUGACCCCGCCCCCAUCACUGACCCCACCCCCUGCACUGGACCCACUGGCCUUGCCCCCAGCACUGGUCCCACCCCCACUGCUAGCCCCACCCCCACCGCUGACCCCGCCCCCAGCACUGGCUUCACCCCCACUGCUGGCUCCACCCGCACCGCUGACCCUGCCCCCAGCACUGGACCCACUGGCUCCGCCCCCAGCACUGGCCCCGCCUCCCCCCGUGCGGGGUGGUUGGCAGAUGAUGUCUUUUCCAGGGGGGCAGGGUUGUCGGUAUUCGGAGCGGCCUGGCCCACAGGCUCUUUUGGCGCUUUUGGCUUCGAAGGUGGAGCCUUUAGUUCCCACAAUGCCGCUGGGUCGGCGCCUGCCCCUGGAACGCCCCCCCGCUGACCGCGCUGGCCGCCAUGUUGGAGCGCUGCUUGGUGAGCACAGCCAGGAGGGCGCCCUGUGUGCCCGGGGAGGGGGAAUCUGGGGCCGCCCAGCCACUGAGCGCUGGUGCCCUAACCCUCUCCUCCCCGCCCCGUCUCGGGCUGGCCCGGGGUGCAUCCUGCCCUCGUCCCGCAUCCUGCCCCCGUCCCGGGGUUCCCCGGGGUGCGUAUUGCCCCUGUCCGUGGCACAGAUCCGCCGUGGCACGCGUGGGCUCCUGAAGAAGUGCUUGCGCGGGUCUGGGCGGCACGCCGGUCUCGGGGGCGACGGACUGGCCCAAACCCCCCCCCCGGCGGGCCGCUGGCUGGACCGGCUGGCCUGCAGGUUCCGUCUGCAGCGGCCCCCGAGUGGGCCGGAGGUGCCUGCCGACUGCAGGGAGGGCCUCCUCAGGUACCUGCUGGUGCAGGAUGGCGUGGCGGACUCCCGUGCGGACUGGCAGCGCUGCAGACUGCUGCUGUGGAGAGACCCCCACGGCAUGCUGGGACAGCUCUACCAGUUGCAGCUGUUUGACCCGCCAAAGGGCUGCAGGCCCCAGCUGACAGUGAGGUGCUGUGACAUCACAGAGCUCCGUCGCUGCAGUCACCUGGAGAUGCCUGACAACAGGAACACGUUCGUCUUAAAGGUGAAUCAUUACGGCGGCAGUUUUAUAUUUGAGGCCGAUAACGAUCAGCAAGUCAGUUCCUGGACUGCAGCCAUCAGCAGAUACAUCAACACAGGGCCCGACAGGAUGGAUAUGGAGGUGACUACUUCUCUGCCAGACAGUGUGCUGCCGUACACCAGCAGGGGGCGCUCAGAGUCCAGUGCAGGGUCUUUACACUUCCCCUCAUCAGGCCCCGCCCUCCGGCCGAUGGACAACCUCCUGACCCCGUACCCAUGGUUCCACGGGGCGGUUUCGCGGCUGACGGCGGCCCAGCUGGUGCAGGCCUCGGGGCCGGAGGGGCACGGCGCUUUCCUGGUGCGGCAGAGCGAGACACGGCGAGGCGACUACGUCCUCACCUUCAACUUCCAGGGCCAGGCCAAGCACCUGCGGCUCGUCCUGACGCAGUGGGGGCAGUGUCGCGUGCAGCACCUGCACUUCUCCUCCGUGCUGGACAUGCUCAGUCACUACCGCCGCCACCCCAUCCCACUGGAGAGUGCCUCCGCCCAAAACAUCACCCUUUCCAGCUAUGUGGCGGUUAACUCCGCCCCCUCAGGUCAGAGUUCAGACGGCCCGGUGGUCCUGGUGCCGUUCUGCCUCCACCGCUGGAGCUCUGAGCCCAGUCUGGCCCGCAGCGAUCCGCCCCCUCCUGCGGCUCCGCCCCCUGGCCCCGCCCCUCCCCUGGAGCGCCCUGGCGACGCCCUACGGAGGAGCGCAUCCGUGGGCCGCCGCCCCCUGCAGCUGCACCCCAACCUCCGCUCCGCGCCCCUGGACCCCACCUACGAGCUGGAGCCCCUCGGCCAGAGCCACAGGAGGGCCGUAGACAACCAGUACGUGGCAGUCUGAGAGGGGGGCGGAGCCUGGGCAGAGUCAGGGCAGAGCCUGACAUUCGCGCACCAAACACCCGCGACGCCCGUUCAUAUCUGCUGACCUGGCUGAACCUCGUGAUGGCCUGACAGGACCGGCCCAGGCUGCACCCUGGACCUGAGGAGGGACACAUCAGCAGGUGUUGUUAUGACAUCCAAGAGUUAGGCGAAGAGCAAGCUGCCCUCCUGUACGGCCAAUGGCUUAUUUUCACUGCAGUUCCCUAUUUAGCUCACCAGAGGGCAGUGCAGCUGGCCCAGCCUGUGCUGGCAGAUUACACGCAGCCAGUUCACCAGAGGGGUCACCGUUGAGUCACGACAGGAUAUCCUGCCAAUUAUCCUGAUGGGAAAAGGAAGGGAAAAGAUUACACCCACACACUCUUUCAGAACUCUCAGUGAUCUGUGUACAAAUGACCUACGUUUGGACCUGCAGGGUCAUAGUCUUCUCCUGGGUCAAGAGAUUUCGUUUCUUAAAAAAAAAUGUAUUCUAGCAUGAUUUUUUCUUUUUUGUCCAGCUGUGGUGCUCUUUACCCUGAACCAGUAUGUUUCAGCUAUGAAAAAUGACCACUUAGCUCAUGACCAUUGCUCACAAAACAUCAUCUUUCAGGAAGCCAAACUACCUCAUUUGCAUUUGAGCAAGUUGUGAACAGCGCAAAAAUUGUCAACAAAUGUUUCACAAAUGUUUGUACAGCUGCAAAAUCUCAUGGAUUUGCUGUGCCCUGUAUAUAGUUCUGAACCUUUCAUGGCAGUAGUGGUAUAUUCAGAAACUUUGUGUGCCUGUUUUUUUUAUCACAGAUUUAUUCAUCUCAGAAUAACUAAUGUAAUAAUUUCCAUGUUGCAUUUGUCUAUACUGCUAAUGAGAAGAUUUAUCAAUUGCAUUUUAAUCUUUAUUAUAGUAGAAAAUCAGGAUUAAACACAAUUAUUUUUAUGGUUAAGAAAUGUACUACUACCAACUUUUUCUAACAUUAUGUACAACAUGAACAAGCAAGUCAGCGUUUCUGUAAAUCCAUGGCUUGCUCAUCUAAGGAUAGUUGGGUAUCUAACAUUUUUGCUAAUCAAGUCUCUGCAGAAAACGUGCUUAUUUGAAAAUCUUUCAUGUAAUUGUUGUUUUUACCUUUGUCAACCUUUUUAUUUUCAGUACAUUUUACCCUUAUGUACCCUGAUUUCCUUGUAUUGAAGGUUCUCUAUAAAUAAAGAUUAUUAUUAUUAUUAUUAU